AUGGAAAAACUGAUGAGGGACUCCAAGAAAUACACACCAUUAGAGCAUACAAGAACGGUGAUAAACUUGUCGAGCAAGACUCUCAGUGACGACCAGAAAUACCUCCUCGACAAGGGUCUGAAGUUCUCCAUAGCACCCAAAAACGUUCCAAAAAUUGAAGUGAUGUUGGCGGCGGAGGAAACAGCACAAAGGAUACAAGACCCGGAGAAAGCUGAGGAAUAUAGGUGGAAGAUAAGAACUGCACUGGAUUCAACCACCAAGCAACCUGAAUCCAAUAUCAACAGGGCAGAACAAAGAGCCCUGAAAGAAUUGAAAUCAGACCCCACCAUCAAAAUACUUCCGGCAGACAAGGGAAAUGCGACGGUCAUCAUGGAUGUGGACCAAUAUAACGAAAAAAUCAAAGAGGUGUUAGAAGCAGGAGAGUAUAAGAAAUUGAAGAAGGACCCCACUUCAUCAGUGGAAAACAGAGUCUACAGAACCCUGCAUAAAUACAAGGAUGAAUUCCCAGAUCCUUACACAAGAUCAAGACUAACACCCCACUACAGCAAACCUCCACAUAUAUACGGUCUCCCAAAAAUACACAAGGAGAACAUUCCCUUGAGACCGAUCGUCAGCUCAAGAAAUUCCCCUUGCCACUCCUUAGCCAAGUUUCUCCUCAAGAUAAUAUCACCACUAAGAGGCCACACAACAGCAAUGGUCAAAAAUACGGAACAUUUCAUAGAAACCAUGCGCACACAAGAAAUCCUCAACCAGGACACCAUGGUUAAGCGGCAUGUAUCCAGCUUGUUCACAAAUGUUCCCACAGAUCAAACACUCGAGAUCGUGAGAAAGAAACUCGAGGAGGACCAAACAUUAGCUGAACGAACCACACUGAGCAUAAAUGCAAUUAUGGAUAUGCUCUCAGUCUGUAUCAAGACCACGUAUUUCCAGGUAGAUAACAUCUUCUACCAACAAGAAUUCGGAAUGGCCAUGGGUUCACCAUUGUCCCCGGUACUGGCAGACAUAUAUAUGGAAGAUUUCGAGGGAAGAGCAUUAGACCAAUAUGUGUUAAAACCGAAACUAUGGCGAAGAUACGUGGAUGACACAUUCGUGAUAUGGCCUCAUGGAAAAGAGACCAUCACAGGAUUCCUAGAACACCUCAAUAACAUAGAGGAAUCCAUAAAAUUCACGAUGGAAAUUGAGGAAAAUGAACAACUUCCAUUCCUGGAUGUGCUCAUACACAAACAGGAAGGAAUUCCUCGAACCACGAUUUACAGGAAGCCAACGAACACAGGUCAGUAUCUCCACUUCGAAUCUAACCAUAACCUCAACACCAAAUUUGGAGUAGCCAGAUGCCUCUAUGACAGAGCAACUCAAGUGUGCUCCAGUCUGAAUGAUAAGAACGAAGAAUUCGAUAAGAUCACAGAAAUUCUUGAGAAGAACGGCUACCCCAAGAGGAUACUAGAAAUCGCCAGAACACCAAGGGAAAACACAGAACCUAGACCAGAAACAAAAACCGAAUCAACUGAAACGAUAACCACGGUUAUCCCAUAUGUGAGAGGGUUAUCAGAAAAACUAAGAAGAAUUGGUAAUAGAUACGGCGUGAGAACUGCAUUCCAAACUAAGAACACUGUCAGGGCUAACCUAACCAAGGUGAAACCUGACAACGAAAAUCAAAGAACAAAAAAUUGCAUAUACGAAAUACCAUGCGAGUGCGGUAGGUCUUACAUUGGAGAGACCAAACGCCCCCUGGACACAAGAGUCAAAGAGCACCAAAAACUAGCUCGACUGGGAGAAACAGAGAAAUCCAGGCUAGUCCAACAUGCUUGGGAUGAGGAACAUAGGAUCAAAUGGGAUGAAGCUUCCAUAAUAUCAAAGGAAGAAAGAUCGAAACGGAGGAAACUCAAAGAAGCAGCCUUCAUGGCCAUCACUCCGAAUCCCAUAAGUAUGCCGUCUCUGGAGAUCAAGGAAGUCUGGGCACCAAUCAUAAGAUCUGAUCUGAGGAAAUUGAACCCGGUCCAGGUCGGAAGCACCUUGACACCACCAAGUUAA